AUGAUGUCAUUUGUGCCACAGGGCCUCUCCCCACCUCCUUGUGGAACCCAGUACCCUAGCCUCGAACAGGAGCCUCCAGAGUUCAGCCUGUACAGCGACAACUUCUACAGCCCUCCAACCCUGCCUAGCCCGCAGCAGGCCACCCCUACUUCCUACGACCUGGGAGACUACACCAGCCCUCCUUCCAACCCUUACUUGUGGUUCAACGGCCCAGAGCUCAACAGUGUUCCCUACCUAGGUGGGCCCACAGGGCCAGUCUGUGGGCCCUAUGUGCCCCAACUCUACAACAUGCAGAGGCCCUAUCUGGGUGCUGGCGCCCCGAGGGGUGGUGUAGGGGACCUGAGCUGGUUCUCCAUGCCCUCUCAGGAGGAGCUGAUGAAGCUAGCCAGGCCACCCUACUCCUACUCUGCCCUUAUUGCCAUGGCGAUCCACGGGGGCCAAGACAGACGGCUCACCCUGAGCCAGAUCUACCAAUAUGUAGCAGACAACUUCCCCUUCUACAACAAGAGCAAGGCCGGCUGGCAGAACUCUAUCCGCCACAACCUCUCCCUCAACGACUGCUUCAAGAAGGUGCCCCGAGAUGAGGAUGAUCCAGGCAAGGGUAACUACUGGACCCUAGACCCCAACUGUGAGAAGAUGUUUGACAACGGCAACUUCCGUCGCAAGAGGAAGAGAAAGUCGGACUCCCUGCCUGGUGAAGGGGGCUCCUCAGGUUCUGAGUCGUUAGAGUCCAGCCCCAAACACCACAACAACAUGAAUGACGUUUCCAGCUCCUCCGAGCGCGGCCCCUCCCCCAUCUCCUCAGCCCCCUCCCUUUGCCUGAACAGCUUCCUGUCUCAGAUGGCUGAAGUGGGGACGGUAUCAAACACAGGAGUGUCAGAUACCCUCCACAGACCUAGCCUGGCUACAGAGCUGUCCCAACGCGUCUCUCCGGCCCAGAGAUACGGCUCCUACUCGCCCAAUGCUGCGAUGCCUCAGUGGGAGGUCUGUAUGUCCCAUCCACAGCAGCCUACCAUUUCCUCCUCUCCUCCCCUCUACCCUGCGGGCUACAGUGACUCUGUCCUCACCCAGCUCAGCAGCCAACUAUACCCAGCCCUGGACUCUGCCUCAAUGCUUUACCCACGGGAAGGCACAGAGGUGUAA